UCCGGGUGGCGUGCUCCACUCCAUUUCCAUCAGUUUUUCCAUGUUUUUUACCUGUCGAUCGUGCGUGGCGUCCGAUUGAAAAUAUAUUUGUGUUAAGUAUAAACAGGGGGCACGGUCUGGCAGUCAAUCGAGGUGUAUUGGCAGCGAGUGUUUCUGGGGUUUCCGGAAUCCUGGUUUUCGGGUUCGUCGAGUGGACUGUGAGGUGGCCUAUUUCGUAUUGGACUUCUAAUAAAUAAAGGAACCUAUGACUGUAGUAUCCACAGAUGAAGACAGUGGCGUGGAGAUGGCCCAUUUCCGAUCUGACACUGGAUCCGAUGGCGGAAGUGCAUGCCAGGUCGGCACUGAGGCCAGCUUCGGGCGCCGCAGGGGCAAAUGUAAAUGGUUCAACGUGGCCAAGGGAUGGGGUUUCAUUACGCCAGAUGACGGGGGACAAGACGUUUUUGUUCAUCAGAGCGUCAUCCAGAUGACCGGGUUCAGAUCGUUGGGCGACGAGGAGGAAGUCGAGUUCGAGUGUCAGAUCUCGGACAAAGGUCUGGAAGCCACAAGGGUGACGGGACCUCAGAGCAUAGACUGUCGGGGAUCGCACAGGAGGCCGUCCGCAAAGAAAAGGUUCAGAAAAAUCAGAUGUUACAAUUGUGGCGAAUUCGCCAACCACAUAGCGGCCAAAUGCACGAUGGGCCCCCAGCCGAAGAGAUGCCACAACUGCAAGAGCGACCAGCACCUCAUCGCCGACUGCCCGACCAAAAUCGAACGUCCGGUGAACAACCGGAACGGCAAACAGAACGGCGACAAGCCGGAAGGGGAGACGGGGGCCGAAAGCUCGGCGUCCGCCGAGGCGACCACUGCCGCCAUCACCGAGUCUCUCGGCAAGACACAACUGGAAUAAGCCCCGGGGGGUGUUCUAGGGGUGGCCAGCUCGGCUACCGCCCGACAGGGUGCGUUGCGCUCUUUUUUAUUUUGUAAAUAUUUCUCUAUUUUCUUGAAUUAUGCCCAUUACGAUAUUUAAUUCAGGUGGCAAUAGUUUUCAGUGUCUUGAACACCGAAGGUGGUUGCCACGGAUUAAGGUAUAAAAUUUGUAAACGGUCUUUACAAAUUCUAUAACUGACUGAUGUGCAAUGAUAGAUCGACGAAUUUACAUAUCGUGCUGUGAAAUUGAGGCAUAUAAACCCCAUACUGGGUACGACGUAUGGGGUUUCUAUGCCCAAGUAUUGAAUUCAAGGGGGCAACUUUACGAGUGACUUAAUUAAUGUUAGUUGUCAAUUGAUACUUAAUUUUAUAUUCUAAUUAAAUGAGUUACCAAGUGUUCAAAUUAUUAGCGUAAACGUUUGUGACCGGCAGUGUUCAUUUUAUUUAUGAGAUUUUUAUCACUGAACCGAAAUUUUUAUUAGGUGUAAUGGUUAUUUCAGUGGUAACUAUAAUAAAACGAAUUAAUUAAGGGUAUCUCCUUUGACCUAUUUGAAGGGAUACUCUUAAAAGUUGAUUUUAAUUCUUGAAGGGUGUAUAUUUUUUGUAUUACCAUCGCCAGAACCAUCGUUAGAAACAAACCCAAUUCCAAAUUUGUACCUAUUUAUAUAUUUAUUGUAAAGAAAUUUUAUUUGAGUUGUCAUUUGUUUUGAAUUUUUGUUUAUAAUUUUAUUAUUUAAAUUAUGACAAUAUUAAUACUUUCGGCGUUUUAUUACAGUUUUAUUUUUUAAUUUUAUUUUAAAAAAAAGGGCAGGAGUUAUUUUACGUAGACCUGUAUUUUUUUGUUCAAAAUUGGCGACUUUAUUUCAUCUACAAAAAAUGACAUCUACGCGAAAUAAGAAUUACACCAGUUACUUUAGUCAUGUAGUUUUAUAAAUUGUAAAUUUUCACAAAAAGUUUCACAAAUUUCAGCAUUUUUUUUAUUGUGGUUGAUUAUCUUUUUUUGGAAAUUUGUAUUUUAAUUAGUUUAAGUGAAUACUCUGUUUUACCACAGAUUGACAGUACAACAACUACCUCAAUUUUGUACAGAUUUUUAUUAUUGUAAUUUUUUCCCAUGUAAUUUAGAUGUAUGUUAAAAAGGUUCCUAAUACUGUGCCACAUAAUGUAAGGGUUAAUUUUCGACUUUUGUACCUGACGUACAAUUCCUUAUGACACAUGUAGUGUUCAAAGUACAAGAUGUUUAUAGAUAAUUAUCAGAUUGUAUUUUAGUAUUUAUCAGAACUUAGCUUUUUUCAACAGACUGACUAUGUUUAAGCUCAGGGAUCUACAACACAGUUACAAAAAAACCAAAUAAUUGUAAUUAUCAUUAAAUACAUAAAUAUAGGGUAGUUUUUAGUAAAAUGUGUCUAUUAAUUUCAUUCAGUUCCUAAUUCCUAAUUAUAUUUUGGCUUAAAAUUA